GAACAAACCCAGCCCAAGACGGACGGAGACCUCCACAUACACUCAGUCCUGUGAGUGCAGGCCUCGUUCAGUCCUUAAAGGCAAAUCCAGAAAGCAAGUGAGACAAGUUGGCGCGCAGACUGCUGGUCACCAUAGCAACGCAGACAAUCUCACCUAAUCUCAUAGCUAACGAAAAGAGAGUGUGGCUGUGAGGUCAUGACAUGUCAGUUCAGUAGUGAUGGAGCGCUGCUUGCUGUUGGGCUCUGCGAUGGUUCCAUCAAGGUGUAUAGCACCGACAGUGGUGAACUGGCCCAGACUUUGAAGGACAGCGGCAGUGUUCUCUCAGGUGUGCCUGUAACCAGCCUGCGCUUCACCCACAGUGGGCAGGCACACUGCCUACUAUUGGCCACCUAUGCCAGUGGUAGUGUGAGGUGUUGGUACGUGUGGGGACCGCAGUGUAUGUGGUGGCUGAAAGAAGCGAAGGAUGGUGAAAGGGUGCAGAGACAGACUCUUUCACUCUCCGUCUCUCCAUCCGGAGAGCGAGCAGUAACCGGCGGCUCAGAUUCAUUCAUCCACCUAUAUGACCUCGCCACUCACCAGAGACUACAAAUCUGCGGGGCCAGCGGUAUGAAAACAGUUAUGGACGGACACUGGUUACGAGUCAUCGCUGUGAGUUUCCAUCCUGAGAGGGAGACUCAGUUCAUAUCGGGAGGAUGGGACAACACCAUUCAAUUUUGGGACACAAGACAGCAACACUCUGUCAGAAUGAUCUCUGGACCUCAUGUGUGUGGCGACGCCCUUCAUAUCGACCCAUCAGCCAAUCAGAUUCUCUCUGGUUCCUGGAGGAAACACAACACUCUGGAGGUCUGGGAUUACGAUUCUGGUAAGAAAGUGUCCGAAGUUCCUCAGGACCCACAUGGAGACAGCAAAAUCUACACCUGCCACUGGUUUGGGCAGGACCGCAUAAUAGCCGCAGGAGGACAAGCAAACAUGCUGAGGGUCAUCGACCGGCACAGUUUAAUGACAGAGUCCAGGUUGUUUGGCUUGCCCUCCGCAGUCUUCAGUUCUUCAGUGUGUCCAUCUGGACAGUGGGCUGGUCUCAUAGCGGCCACCUCAGGGGUCAGAGUGUUUCUGCUGAGCAGAAAUCAGCAUGUCAAGAAGCACCACCUCUGAGUUGCCUUAGCUUGGUAAAUAUCAAUGAAAAAGAGAUAUAAGGCAAGAAACAGUCUCUCCUGGUUUGCGGCGUGUUUGAGUAUUUUGUCCAGCUGUAU